AUGAGGCUCGUCUGCUCCCUGCUGUGCGCGGCCGCCCUGGGGCUGUGUCUGGCUGUCCCUGAGAAAACUGUGAGAUGGUGCACCGUCUCGAAUCUUGAGGCUAGUAAGUGCUAUAGUUUCCACAGCAAUAUGAAGAAAGUCCUCUCAGUGGAUGGUCCUCAGGUCACCUGUGUGAAGAGAACGUCUUACCUUGAUUGCAUCAGGGCCAUCGCGGCACACGAAGCAGAUGCUGUGAUGGUGGAUGGCGGUUUGGUCUAUGAGGCAGGCCUGAGGCCCUACAACCUGAAGCCUGUCGUGGCAGAGUUCUAUGGGUCAAAAGAUGAUCCACAGACUCACCAUUAUGCUGUAGCUGUGGUAAAAAAGGGCAGCAACUUCCAGCUGAAUCAGCUCCAAGGCAAGAAGUCUUGCCACACAGGCCUGGGGUGGUCUGCCGGCUGGAACAUCCCCAUGAGGAUACUUCUUCCCUCUGACUGGUCCCAGGAAGCAGCGGCCAAGUUCUUCGUGGGCAGCUGCGUCCCCUGUGCGGAUCAGUCGAACUUCCCCCAACUGUGCCAACUGUGUGCGGGAAAAGGAAUGGACAAGUGCGCCUGCUCCCACCACGAACCGUACUUCGGCUACUCGGGGGCUUUCAAGUGUCUGCAGGACGGUGUGGGGGAUGUGAGCUUCGUGAGGCAUCUGACGGUAUUUGAGAACCUGGCUAACCAGGCCGACAGGGACCAGUAUGAGCUGCUCUGCAGGGAAAACACCCGGAUGCCUGUGGACGCAUACAAGGGGUGCCAUCUGGCCCGGGUCCCUUCCCAUGCUGUCGUGGCCCGAAGUGUGGAUGGCAAAGAAGACUUGAUCUGGGAGCUUCUCAAUCAGGCUCAGGAACACUUUGGAAAAGACAAGUCAGCAGAAUUCCAACUCUUCUACUCUCCUCAUGGGAAAGACCUGCUAUUUACAGAUGCCACCAUUGGGUUUUUAAGAGUCCCACCUAAGAUGGAUGCCAAGCUUUACUUGGGAUAUGAGUAUUUCUCGGUUAUUCAGCAUCUGGGGAGAGAGGCAGAAGAUCCCCAGAGGGUGAUGUGGUGCACAGUGGGCCAUCACGAGCAUGUCAAGUGUAACCAGUGGAGUGCGCUGAGUGGGGGCAUCUUGAAGUGCACGAUGGAGGAGAGCACCGAGGACUGCAUUGCUGCCAUCGCGAAAGGAGAGGCUGACGCCAUGAGCUUGGAUGGAGGCUUCAUCUACACAGCGGGCAAGUGUGGUCUGGUGCCUGUCCUGGCAGAGAACUACUUGUCUCAAGAUGGCAAAGAGCAGCUUGGGUCUAAGUGUGUGAACACACCCAUGAAAGGUUAUUACGUCGUGGCAGUGGUCAAGAAGUCAGAUGCCGACCUAACCUGGAACUCUCUGCGAGGCAAGAAGUCCUGCCACACUGCAGUUGGCACUUCUGCUGGCUGGAACAUCCCCAUGGGUUUCAUAUACAAUCAAACUGGGUCAUGUAAAUUUGAUGAAUUCUUCAGUCAAAGCUGUGCCCCUGGGUCUGAUCCGGAGUCCAGCCUCUGUGCUCUGUGCAGAGGCAGCUUUAAGCCAGCCCACAUGUGUGCUCCCAACAGCCACGAGCAGUACUACGGCUCCAGUGGGGCACUCAGGUGUCUGGUUGAGGAGGGAGAUGUGGCCUUUGUGAAGCACCCCACAGUCCUGCAGAACACUGAUGGAAAGAACCCUGAAGCCUGGGCGAAGAAUCUAAAACACGAGGACUUCCAGCUGCUGUGCCUCGAUGGCUCCAGGAAGCCUGUGACUGAGGCUCAGAGCUGCCACCUGGCCACAGUCCCAAGUCAUGCUGUGGUCUCAAGGAAAGAUAAGGCAGAUUUUGUUCGCAGAAUGCUCUUCAACCAACAGGAGCUCUUCGGAAGAAAUGGGUUUGAAUACAUGAUGUUCCAGAUGUUUAAAUCCCCAGCCAAGGACCUGCUCUUCAGUGAUGACACAGAAUGUCUGGCUAACCUUCAGGACAGAACAACUUACCAAAAAUACUUAGGGCCAGAGUAUCUUCAGGCUAUUGCUAAUGUGAGACAUUGCUUACACUCAGAACUUCUGGAUGCCUGCACAUUCCAUGGAAAUUAA